ACGCCACAUACAUAUAUAGCCCGGUGAGUUGUAAUCCAUGGCACUAACGAUCAAUCAAUAAUCUGCUUGCUAAUACCUCUUGUUUUGGUUGAAAGUGCAUCUUCUCCUCUUUCAAUUCAAGAAAAGAAUACAAAUGGUGGGUUUAGUUUCCCAAGAAAAUCACCUUGUCGCUUUGGUUUCACGAACAGGCAGGGCCUUGCAACGCUACAGGAAAGGUCGUCGCCAAGUUGUCGGAUGCAUACCAUACAGAUACAAAGCUGCUUCAGUGGAUUUGGAGGCAGCAUCAUCAUCAGAAGAAGAUGAGAUAGAAGUUCUUGUUAUUACGUCUAAGAAAGGCAAAGGCAUGUUAUUCCCAAAGGGAGGUUGGGAAUUAGACGAAUCGAAGAAGGAGGCAGCGUUGAGAGAGAGCAUAGAGGAAGCAGGAGUGAGAGGCAUUGUGGAGGGUAAAUUGGGAAGGUGGAGUUUCAAGAGCAAAAGCCAAGAUACUUGCCAUGAAGGUUACAUGUUCCCUCUUCUUGUUCAACACCAAUUCGACUUCUGGCCUGAGCACAAUCAUCGUCAAAGAACUUGGAUGAGCAUAUCGGAGGCAAGGGAAGUGAUUUGUCAACACUGGUGGAUGAAGGAAGCUCUAGAGAGGCUAGUAAAUCGCCUUACGGCUCGUAAUAAUAAUAAACCUGCUCCUACCUUAUCAUGAUUGCAAAUUCUGACUUGUAAUCGCUAAUUAUUAAUUAGCUACCUGCUUUUAUUGCAACAACAAUGGAUUAUGUAUGUAUGGACUUGGUAUAAAAUGUUGCAAUUACAAUAAAUAAUUAA